GUUCCUUUAUCAUUCAUAAAUGGAUGGAGUCUAUCUCCACAGAACUCCCUUGCACUGGGCUACCACUGAGAUGCUUCCCAAUUUUUAUUAUUAAUGUUUCCUUUGCUUGACAUUCAAAGAGAGUAACAUCACAUCUUACGUUUCUCCUGAUUCUACUCGAUACUACUCCUUCGUAUACACUGUAGAUCUUAAAUUACCAAUGAAUUAACUUGCACCUUCUCAUUGUUGAUAGGUGUGGCUCAUAAUUUUCAAAAUGAGCCCCACCUAGAUUAAGGUGUGAUAGUUUUGGAUUCCAGUUAAGAUAAAUAAACACAAUGCCAGAGCAGUUUACCAUCUUUAUCCUCCUUCUCUCUUUAUUUAUAUCCUCCAAAGGACAAGGAAAUGACUCCUCCUGCUCUAUGAUAUCAGAUUGUUACUCCUCUUCAUAUUACAUUGAAGACAUUAGCAUUGAGAGUACAGUAUGGACUCCUUUCUCACCAACUAUUGAUAUCACUCCUUCCAGUACUAGUGAUACUGCAAUACCCAAUCUGCCCUUCACUUCAGACAUUGUUCCUAAUAUAACUUCACUGAAUCUCUUGUAUUCUUCAGAGACCAUUAGCACUCAUCAGUACAUCAAUCUUGCAUUGACUUCUAAAGUUACAACUGAACAAUAUAUCACAUCAACUGACCAGUUUGAAUCAAGACUAACAUCUACUGAUCAGUUUGAAUUAGAAUUCACACCUACUGAUCAAUUUGAAUCAGUAAUAACAUCAACCAAUCAGUUUGAAUCAGGAUUAGCAUCAACCGAUCAGUUUGAAUCAGGGUUAACACCUACUGAUCAGUUUGAGUCAGAGGUGACGUCUUCUUUUGUUGAUUUUGCUGUUACUGCUUCUUACAAAGUAUCUGUUACGUCUAGUCAAUAUAGUACUGAUGUCAGUUCAUUACUGAUACCUACUGCUACCUCAUCUGUGUUUUAUCCAAUGAAAUCUGAAGAUUCAUUUUAUCUAGCCACUCCUUCAUCAGCAGCUGAUUUGUUGAGUGAAUAUUCAACAACUGAUUUAUAUUUGCCGUUAUCAGAGGAGGCCACACCCACUCUAAUUACAUUAUUAUCAAUGCAACCCUCUAUUACCAGUCAACAGUUAAUCACUAGUUAUUUUAUAACUGAAGAAUCCAUUAGUAUAUCAACACUAAGCAACUAUGGAGGCCCAUCAAGCAACAGUAUAGUACCUUCAGUUGCUGUAUUGCCUCAAACUAGUGAACCAUUACACACCAUAUCUACCGAUCUACUGUAUUCCAGUGUACCAUCUACCAGUGUACCAGUGUUGUAUUCCAGUGUACCGCCAACCAGUGUACCAGUGUUGUAUUCCAGUGUACCACCUACCAGUGUACCAGUGUUGUAUUCGAGUAUACCACCUACCAGUGUACCAGUGUUGCAUUCCAGUGUACCACCUACCAGUGUACCAGUGUUGUAUUCCAGUAUACCACCUAGCAGUGUACCAGAGCUGCAUUCCAGUAUACCACCUACCAGUGUAACAGUGUUGUAUUCCAGUGUACCACCUACCAGUGUACCAGUGUUGUAUUCCAGUAUACCACCUACCAGUGUACCAGUGUUGUAUUCCAGUGUACCAUCUACCAGUGUACCAGUGUUGUAUUCCAGUGUACCACCUACCAGUGUACCAGAGUUGCAUUCCAGUAUACCACCUACCAGUAUACCAGUGUUGCAUUCCAAUUCUCCAAUAGUUACCAGUACAUUAGAGAUAUUUAGCUCAUUGCAUUACAGUAGUUCAUCCUCCUAUCAGUACAGUACCAGUUCCAGUUCAUUGUACAGUAGCAGUACAUCAGAUAUAGUAUAUAGUACUGGUAUUUUGAUAUCAAUCAGCACUAUUGACAGUAUCAGCAGUUUAACUUCUACUUUAGUCAGUAGUAUGAUUGAGACCAGUCUUUCAUUGAGUGUACCUGUUAGUAUCCACACUAGCAGCUCAACCAGUGCCAGUUUUACCAGUACCAGUUCAAUCUAUAUUAGCAUCAGUUCAACCAGUACCAUCAGUUCAACCAGUACCAUCAGUUCAACCAGUACCAUCAGUUCAAUUAAUUCUCCGACCAGCAGUUCCAUUCCUUUUAUCAUCAGUUCAGUUACUAGUAGUAUAAGUGCAAGUUCAUACUUCACUAGUUCUAGUGCAACUGCUGAUGUAUCUACUGUGAUAACCUCUUCAUUAGUUGGUGGUAUAGCUACACCAUCCUUUAUAACCAGCAGUCCUUCAUUGUUAGCUAGUAGCAGUGAUGUUCUUACUACAGUAUCUGAUGGCAGGAUCACCUCUUCAUUAAUUACCAGUAGUUCUUCAGUCCUAAUAUCUCCUACUGUACUGUCUGGGUUUUUAGUAAGAAUAGUCUUUAGUCUUACCUCGUCUGAGAGAGAAUCAUUAGUGAAUGUUAGUUCUUCAAAAAGAGUUCAACUAGAGGAAUCCAUUGUAGCAGUAUAUCUUAAAGGACUGGACACAUUAGGUGGACAAAGGAAAAGACAAUUGUCAUCAUCACCAAAGGCAUACAUAACCGAUGUCGGUAGUCUAAGUUCUGCUGGUACAGCUCCUGUUGAUUUCUAUAUGACAGUAAAUGGAGAGCCAAUACAAGCUUUAACUGUGAUUGGUAUAUUAAAUAGAGUCAAUCCACAAAAUAUAUCAAAUUAUGAGGUUGUAAUGAUUACAAUGCCAGAGACGGGUACAGUUACCAUGACAACAAGUGAUAACUCCACCCUCUAUAUAAUUAUUGGUGGCACAGUUGGCGGAACAUUAAUAAUAAUAAUAAUAAUAAUAUGUGGACUGCUUUUAAUGUGCAUGUUACUAGGGAAGAGGAAUAGAAAGGAUAGAAGUGAAGUUAGUCACAUUGAGCUACAGGCAUUUGCAACAGGUCAAGAAGGAUUACCUGCUGCUGAUCAUAAACACAUGGGAGUACAACAUGGCUCACCUGCUAUUAAUAAAGUAACAAGAAGAUCAGUUGUCAAGAGAAACUAUCCAUUAGCAACUACCUCAUCAACAAUGGCACUGCUAGCUGCUUCAAAUGAAGCUCAUUUGGAUGCAUGGCAACGGGAACAGUUAACAUAUGAAGGAGCAGAACAACGUCCUGCUGGAUUGUUUGAGCAUGUCACUCAUUAUUCUGAUGUCCCUUCAGCUAACAGCACUGCUCUACUGAGGUUCCACACUACAAUUGGAGGACAAUCUCCUUCAACAACAACAUCAUCUGGUAACCUCGUCAAACCAGUCCUACCAGUUACUGAUACUGACAGAAAGCAAUCUAGAAGGAAUAAUAGAGAAAGAAUCAAGUUACAAUCACAGCAAAGGAAAAUUAUGAGUAGACAAAAAAGUAAAACUGGUCAAUCUGUUACUGCUGACCUUCCACAAAGAAGCGAAGCUGAAGAAGGCUUAGGGGACAUUGAGGGAUCUUCACAUUCUGAUGGUAAACCAUUGUCACCAUUGCCUCCUGGUGUCUCAAGACCUAACACAAAGAAAAAGAGACGUAGAACUAGUCGUGGAGUACCAGUGGGUCCAUCAGGGGGUCCGUCUGAUGGUUACGAUACAACUGUUGAUCAAAUAAGAGGAGUCCCUCCCUCAAGACAAUCUCGUAAGUAUAGAUCAGGAAGAAGUAUGCGUGCACGACCAUUGAACCAGCUAACCAGUCGAUCAAUAAUGAAGGAAAGGACAGUGCAACCUUCUAAUGAACUGGCAUGGAUAUCAACUAGUGAUGGGGUCCAGCUAGUCAGCAUACAGCCUUUGCAGUCAACACAGACUAAUGCGAGAUGGCAUGAGCUACCUUCACUCCAGCCUCAGGCUAGGAGAGACAAUGAUCAAACUUAUACUCAAAAGCAACUGAAGGAAUUAUUGAAAUUACAUAAAGAGCUAGAGAGAGUAGAGCAGGGACUGGGUACAACUCAUGGAGGGUCAUCGAUAGAUUCAACUACAGACCAACCAUCAAGUUAUCCUACUGCCUCUCACCUGGUGAGCUACACUCCAGAAGAACUAGCACUGCAAGCUUUUAAUAUACCAACAGAAUCACAUCAUCCUUUUUCAUUGCAGCAAUCUCCACCAACACAACAAAUGGUCUGGAGUCCACACAGAGGUAGCACAGUUAUAAGAUCACAGCCAAUGGCUCCAGUGCACUUAACUCAAUUAAGACAACACAAUCCAAACCUUGGGGUAUUGUACCAGCAGCACUCACUGGAGUCACGGAACUGGGGCGGCUAUAACUAACACGAACAACUCAAGAAUAACUGAUAUUAUAAUCUAACAACACUUGUAAUAAUUAAUUAUUAACAAUUAGGAGUCAAUUAAAGGUGUAGGGUUCUGCAUAUAAA